AAAUUAUUUAUUCAAUGCACUGUUGCAACUCCAAGAAAUGAAUAAAUAACAGAAACGAACACAUCUUGCAAUACUACAAGCUUAAACCACAUUUUGAAAUUUUUCUUAUUGUUAGGAGUGUGCAAGUUCAAAUUAUUGGUAAGGACGCCCAAGCUAACUUUUCUUUUUUUUUGUUUCAGAAAACAUACCUUGUUCUUCCAACCUCUAAAAUGAAGGCCUUCUACUUCUUGACUCUCCUCUUCGUUCUCGCUAUCAGUACCGAAUAUGCUCUAGGUGACUGCUUGUCUGGAAAAUAUCGUGGACCUUGCGCAGUAUGGGAUAAUGAAACUUGUCGUAGAAUAUGCGGUGAAGAAGGACGUAGGACCGGGCAUUGCAGUCCAAGUCUUAAAUGUUGGUGCGAAGGAUGUUAAUUAAGAUUAAGUGUUUUAUACAAUAAUAAAGACUA